AUGUCAACACGGCUUCGUGCUCGAAAUAUGGACCUGCUAUGUUACAUUUGCGUCAAUGGAAGUAAUUCACUAAUGUCCAAUCCAGCCACGAUAGAAAAUGUGGUUAAAAAAAGACUUUCAAAACUUUUGAACGAAACCGUGGUUAUUUCAAAGGACAAAAGAGCUUCAUCAAGACCCAGGCAACUACGUAAGAAUCGGCUUAAAAACACAUCCGGAGUUGUGAAACUGCAUCGGCACAGCAGGGACAGAUCGAAAGCGUUCCAGGACGACGGUUGUAAACGACCAAUUGCGGCGAUGUGUUCCAAGUCCGUGGUAUCUUCACAUGGAGAAACUUAUUUAAGUUCAAGCUCUCAGUUCCCAGCGUGCCAUCCUAUGAAGCCAUCUGUUGGGUCCAUCAAAGAAGACCGAAAGUUGACUCGGAAUUCCAAACCAACUGUUACUAAGAUGAGUAAGGCGAAGCAGGAAGUCGGUUCGUCUCGGCACGACCAGAAUAGAGCGAUACUCGACUGGCUACAAAAAAGUCAUCACGAACUCAGGAAGUCGAAAAGAGCUCAGGAAAGAUCAAAUCGAUCAUGUGAGCUUCAGCACGUUACCUGCAGCAGCUUAGAAGACACCGUGGAUCGAAAUAUGACCGGGUUAUUUCGGCAUGUGGAUACCUUCAGUGGUUCUGGUGAGCUCUGGGCUUCCGCUGAGUUAGAUCCCAACUUCUCUGAGAGAACAGGACGUCUUAAAUUGAGCAGGGAACUAGAAGAGUUCGAUUUCAGUGACACAGCCUGCAUGGUCCAGACAUCACCGUCACGGCGUAUGUAUCAACGAGCUGAGGUCACUGAGUACCACAAUUUAAUCAGAGUACCGGAUCUGAUCGCGAAAGUAACUUUAGAAUCCUUGACCCAGUUACCGAACCAAGAAGAAGCAAUUCAGUCGCAGGUGUAUGACGCGAUUGGUGCAACAUUUUCCUUUAUUCACGAGAAGGACAGCGUAUACGCCAGACGACAAGAGAACACAGUAACAAAAAUAACCCACAAACAGUGGCUGAGAAAUCGGUUUUUGAAGGCUCGCGCCUUGGAGCAGGCACACUGGGAUAUCUGUCGGCGAUUCAAUACCAGUGAACACAAAAAUUUGGUACAAUGUGCCGAUGGUGUUGAUGGGGAUGCCGAACUCUCCGCAAAACCUUCCAAUGACACGUGCCAAGAAUACCUUAAACAUGCAGUUCUGUCCUUCGGCGUUAGCCACGGAUGCGUCGGGCGUCCGAAAACGACUCCACUUCAAAAGGCGCGUCGUGGACGAUUAUUAUUCAAGUUUCCCGCUAUUACGCUAGUUCCAGACCAGCAGGAUUCGAUGCAACCGUUGGAUGAUGCAGGCGAUAAACAGCAACCGAACGUCGUGUUAACCACGUUGCUUCCAGACCAAGAGUUUCGAAGUGAAAAGUUGUUGGCCGAUACCGUUGUGCAGAAAUCUUCCGACUGGACUGAGACGAAUAUCACCAUGAUCACUAGUUAAAUGUUCCACGACACCGGUUCUUCA